AUGCUCGUUCUCAUCACAGGUAUUACCGGCAGCUUAGGCCGUCGCCUGGCUGCCGUCGCCAUAGAACGCGGUCUUUCAGUACGGGGUUUAGGGCGCGACCCCGCGAAGCUUGAUGCCGGAUUACUCAACAGUUUGGAAUCCUUCAUCACAACGCAAAAUUACUACGACAUAGCCGCUUUAGACCAGGCCGUCACCGGAGUUGACGCAGUUAUUUGUGCUUAUACCCCGGCGCCGCUGCUCGACCUGGAUGCGCAGCUUUUGCUCUUACGCGCCGCCGAGCGCGCUAGUGUCAAAACUUUUAUUGCCUCCUCCUGGAACAACGACUGGACAAACAUCAACUUUGGCGAGUAUGAGCAUUAUGACGCACACAUCGCUUUCGAGCGACAGGCUGCCAUUACAAGUCCUAUAAGGCCGGUAUACAUCUUUACGGGCUAUUUCGCCGAUAUACUUUUCACCCCCUACGGGCCUGGUGGCUUCGACACCACAGGGGAAACGCCCACCAUGUGCUACUGGGGUAAUGGUAACAAGCAGUUGCACUCCUGGACAACGCAGGAUGACGCAGCGGUGUGGACUAUCGAAAUACUUAUCAACGGAAAAGGGGUGCGAGAGGGUAAAGGGGGCUUCUUCAGAAUGCGCUCAGGAGAGCAUACAAUCGAGGAAUUGGCCGUGGUAUACGAGGAAACCACCGGGACAUACGUCGAUGUCAGGCGCCAAGGUAGCCUGAUAGAUCUCGCAGAUGAAGUGGCCAGUUUACGAAGGGGAAAGGGGAGGGCGAGGUACUUUGAGUAUUUACCUCAGACGUCUGCGUUAAUAGCAGACUGGGGUCGUUGGCAAAUGAAUGACGUUCUUGAUUUCGACCAUGUCCGUAAAUCUACCUCUUUAGAACAGCACCUCAAGGAAAGACUAGGUUUACCGUAG